AUGUCAGUCCGCUGUCGCGCCGCUUCGAGCACGUCCGUGGCUUCCGACGAACAGUCUUUUCUCACCGGGCGACAGACAUACCGCGAAGAUGUCGGAUUUCUGCCCUCAGGGCUGUCAAUGCCAAUUGCAAGCGACGAGAGCUCCAUCUAUAACGCAGUCAGAGCAAGUUCAGACACCGACCGUUAUUCCCUCACUCGUGGCACGGACAACCCAAUGGACGAGAUUCUAGUUGGUGGCAUGGCAGCGAAUCUGGCGAUGUUCAUUCCUUUGGCGUCUAGUUCAAACGACUCUCACCCGCAGUUCAUGUCACCAAGACAUAAGUCCAAAAGUCGCUGGUGGCGCACGCAUCUACUAUCGGACAAUUGUCUUCCGUCAUCUUCGAAUGUCGAUAAGCAUCCAGAUAACUCCCGCGUGAUUGAAGUGGAAGAGGUAAAAGAAUCGCACGAUGAGGCACGGCAUCGUAAAGCGGCCAGUCUUAACGAUGCAGACGGUAGUCUUCGAAUAUCAAAGUGGCCGGGACGUCGCCUGUCACCAGUGCGUCCUGCCAUCCCGAAAUUUCCUCCUCCUGUGAGAUCGCCUACUCCUCCCGGUCUGCCAACAUUUGGAACGCAGGAAGCGAUGUGUUACUCUACCCAGUUCUUUGUCCGCUCGUUCGCCCGUGGGGGUCAAUCACAACGGGGACAUCCACUACCCCCAGAUGCUCGUGCAGUGAACGGUAUUGGAACAUCAUACAGGGAAACUCUGCGCAGACUCAUCGGAUUCUCUUCGCCCACCCCUACGCCGCCACUUAGAAAACCCAUUCCCAUAAUAAGGGCUGAGGAUGGCACCGCCGUGCUAGGACGUUUUCCCUAUCGACAAAGUGGUCACGCUCACUGUGAUGUUGAUCAGGAGCGUACAAGGCUCGCCAAACCCAGAUGCCCUGUCCGGACUGAGGCAUUAAACUCGUGUACGCCAACUGCACCUGAGACCCGUGUCCAAGACUCUUCCAACAUCGUGCAAUCGGCGCCUUAUCCGACUGUGACACAGUGUCCUCGAAAUCCAAGCAUCACUAUGCUCUUCAAGUCUCAGAGACUUUCAUCAGGCCAGCCCCGCCCUACUGAGCCACAGUCCAGCCGGAAUUUGAUAAGCAAUAACGAGCCCUACGUUCGGGGUCCCGGUAGAGUCGAUGAGCCGUCUCAGAUCGGAGCCACGGUGCGCUCUCCGAAUCCAAGUGGUAUCGCCGCGGAACCCCGGGGCUCUUGGUUGCAGUACUGGAAGAGCAACACGUCUAUGUGUUGUUGCCUUGGAAGUAAUCAUGAACAAGACGACGCCGUGUAUUCUCACUCUUCGAACGAGACUUAUACAACCGCAAGGAGCUGGGUUGGCAACGAGGGUGCCCUUGAUGGUACAUGCACCUAUACUCGUCGGGCCUGUCAGACACAACGUCUUGGACAAUGGUGUUCCAACGCAUGGAUAUCCUUUCACGGCAUCGCUUUUCGCAACAGUGCGACUACGCAGCCCCCGGCGGCUUGA